AUGGCGGCACCACCCGCCUGCCCCGGCCUCACCUCCGCGCAGCCAUUUGCAGGGGGCAGAGCCCGGCUCCGCCGCAAACCUCGCGAGAGUUAUGCGGAGUGGCGCCGCUGCCGCCAUCUUGGAGCUCGGGGCGUGCGCCUGGCGCUGGGCUUGGAGGGCAAGGAAGCUCGCCAUACUCUGCAGUCCGCAGCUGGGGAGUACUGCCAUGGCUGGGCUGGCAGCCUGCAGCGCUGGCACCGCGGCUUCCAGUGCCCGGAGCGCUACGAUGGCCCUGAGGCCACCUUCUGCUGUGGGACCUGCAGCUUGCGCUUCUGUUGCUCCUCCAGAGAGGCUCGACUGGACCAGGGCCACUGCCCUGGUGACCACCAGCAGCCCAGCCCCAGGCCUCCAGUGCCAGUGCCUGGGUACCUGCCGUUCCUUCUGGUUGGGUCAGUGUUUGUGGCCUUUGUCGUCGGCGGUGCCUGUGUUGGAAUCUGCUGCUGCAAGUGCUUGAAAUCCCAGGAUGAGGGGCAGCAAAGUGGACUUGUGCCUGGCCAGACCUGGCUACUAGAACCUGACCUUCCUUCUCGCCUCUGCAGUUCCAGCUCUGCCACCAGAAGCUCCCUGAGUAGUGUUGGUCAGAGCAGUAACAUCUGCAUGACUCUAGCUUCAUCCCUUCCUGUCCUUGGGCUGGCUGAAGACACUCGGUUUUUAAGCCCUCCACCUACCAGCGGGCAACUCCUGCACCCUUCCCGUGCCAACCACCGGAUGCCAACUGACCAUACCACAGUAAUGGCUCCAGCACCUUUCCUCAAAAGGACGAUUUAUGGACACAGCCCUAACACAACCCCUCUUGGGGUAACACAGGGGGACCAAACAAGGUACUCUGGAAUUCAUGCCUGA